AACCAAGAUCUAAAUAGAGUAAACGAUAGAAAUACUAUAGAAAGCUGAUAUGAAGACAUUUUUUCGUUCAUUUCAGCAUCAGUUUAGGUCCAUAGUAGCUCAAGGACCUUCUGCCGCAUCUGGUAGCUCAUAUUCUGCUGGUGGUGCUGGCGCAGGUUUCCAUCCAGGCAGGAAUUUCUACCAAGGAUACCAUGGCUACGGGCGUGCAUUUACGCAAGCAAACAAUAACAACAACCCAGACGACGAGGAUGGCCGGAGUCCAUCAAAAGCUUACUUAUCUAGGCGCCAGAGCGUUAGCAAUUCAUCUAGGAGUGAAGUUGUAAAAGCUAUCCGCGAUCAACGUAGACGUAUAAAUACUGUAGCUAAAUCAGAGAAGAAUCACACCGGCCGCCCAAGAAGCAACUCUACAGCCUCGAUAGAUAAUGGAAAAUCAAACGUAGAAGAACUUUCAGACGAAGUAGAGAGCCCCGAUAAACCCCCGCCACAGGCGAGUCAUAACACUCAACUCGGUAAUAAAGAAUCUGAUCACGGUAAUGAACUCAUAGCACGCAUAAGCGCUGCUAAAGACUCUAACGACUUCCAAGCGGUUAAAAGAAUUGUUCACUCGGUAUAUACUAUCACUGAUCCAUCUGUCGAAUUAUGGGAUACAGCACUCGAAGCACUCUGUGUUACUCGUCCUGAUUCUUUCACUGUCGAGGACGCCGUCUCAUUCUACAAUGAUAUGAUUGCAAGGGAUCUCAAGCCAACUGCAAAAACAUACUCAAAUUUGAUAACAAUCUUAUGUCUCAGGGAUAACUACGUACAAAAGUCUCUUCAAUCGGUAAACACUCGUAAGGUUUGGGAUCCAUCACUUGAAUCGAAAGCACAAGAAUUGGAAUCUGAGCAAAAUUUCAGAAUUGCUAUGUCGAUAUUCAAUUUGGCGAUUAGACUCAAUGUUCUUCCAACUGAUGUCUAUACUUAUAAUUGGCUUCUUAUGUCUUGCAAAUUUCAUAAGGAUGUCGACUCGGCUAUUAAUGUUUUCUCGGUUUUGGAAUCCCUUCCACAGGUUAAGGCACAACAUGCAACAUACUCGGUUAUGAUUGAUCUCUACGGUUCUGUUGGUGAUUUAGAAGGUGCUACCGUCAUCUUUGAAGACUACGUCAAUGCAGCUAAAAAGAAGAUGAUCGAUAGCGACCCAGCUUUCGCUACUCUUCCUGCGAACAAGGCAACUACUGUUUACAACUCCAUGAUAACGGCUAACUUCAACUGUAAUGAGGCUCUUGGUGGUGUAGAACUCUUCCAACAGAUCCUCGAAGCACCAAUGAAACUGCGUCCAGAUACUGUUGCUGCCGUAAUUGAAGGUUUCGUUCGUAAUGGUGAUGUUUCCAGUGCUUUGGAAUGGCUUAAGCGUACUGCAGCUGCAUCAGCCGAAGGUUCACAAGUCCCACAUCCACCAGUGUCAUCAUUCUACUUUGUCAUUACAUCUUUAUUGAGGGAGUCAAAGAUUGAUGAAGCCCAGUCUGUCUUUGAGCUUCUCAAGGAAUGUCAAAAUAAGUUUACAAUGGAACCAACUGGCGCAGAAUUGAGUACUUUCAGCGAGAAUGUUAUUGGAUCACUUAUCAAAAACAUUGAAAAUGUAGAACAAGUUGUUGCUCUUGCAAGCGAAAUCUUCCGUCAUCAGAUGAUUGAGAAGUCAUCUAAGGGUGUCUUCUACCCACCAAUCAACGAUCUUAUUUACAUUGCUUCAGUAAGCGGUCGCUUUGAUUUGGCUAUGGGACUCUAUAUUCAGUGGGCUCAAGCUGGCAAGAUUCAAUUCAUCGAUCAAGGUCUUUACGCAGAGAGAAAUAUCUGGCACAAAUUUGUUGUCACAGCUACAGAAACUCUUGUCAAUACACCUGGUAUAUCACUUCAACAAACAUUUGACGCUUACCGUAUCGCUUAUGAGAACAAUGUUAUCUGUUCAUUCAAGACACUCAUCUCGAUAAUUCAGAAGGUUGACCAAGCUCGUAAAGACUGUGAAGGCGAUUUCAAGUUGAUUAACCUUACAUUAGAGCAAUGGAAAUUAUACACCAAUGUUUUCUUACAACUUGCGAAGAGCCAGGUAAACUUGGAAGACUCCAAUCGCAGCGUUCCACUCACUUCAGCAACGGCUGUUGAUUUCGUUUCAGAUAUUCGCAACACAUUCGGCCAAAACUCUGGGGAUAUUGCAAAAGUUCUCCACGUUAAUGACCUUGGCUUUGUCUUGUCGAAGUUGAUAGAUUAUGAUUUCGCAACUGAGCAGCUUGCACGUAUCGGCUAUCGUUUCAAUGGUAUGGAAUGCUACACAAGCGGUUAUGUUCCACUUGACAGAGUAAACUCUGACCAAUCAGCGCCAAUGGGUUACCCAUCUUUUGACUCCAGUGACGCUUCGUCAGAGCAAACUCCGCCAACGACACCUGAAACAACUGAAGCAAACUUUACAAUUGACGAAGGACUCUCCGAGAUGAUCAGUAGACACGACUACCGCAAGAAUCUCGGUGUAUCUCCUGAAGAAUGCUAUGCAGUCUUAAUGGACGGUAUAACCAAUGGCUUAACUGGUAAUGUAAGUUCGCUUGCAAACCUUGCCAACGCGCUAGGAAGAAAGAGUGAAAUCAGCAAAGCCAAGAAGGUAUACACGCAUGCCUACGACGUCAUCCAAAAUCUUUCAUCUCUCGAAGAACGCUCAAUGGCUUGGUUCAAACUUGAAGAUGCCAUGAUCUCCGGUCUCGGUCACGGCGGUGACAUCGAAGGUGCCACCCAACAUCGUCUGCGUAUUAUACAAGCUGGUGGUGCGCCAUCUGCAGACGCUUACGCAGCUUGCAUCAAUAACGUAAAGGAAACUACUGAUGACGUUACAUUUGCACAAGAACUCUGGGAUGAAUCUAGAUCAUUGGGCGUGAAGGGUAACACUUUCUUGUUCAAUUCUAUUAUUUCCAAGUUAAGCAAGGCUCGUAAAGCCCAUGCAGCACUCGAGAUACUCGACCUUAUGAUCGCUGAGCGUGUUAGACCUUCUAGUGUCACUUAUGGUGCUAUUAUUAACGCAUGCACACGUAUCGGCGAUGAGGCAUCCGCUGUCACAUUCUUCAACAAGAUGGUCCAACAGAAUAAAUUCCAAUUAAGAGUUCCACCAUUUAACACUAUGAUACAGUUUUACACCCACACUAAGCCAAAUAGAGAACGCGCGUUGUAUUAUUACGGUGAAAUGUUGUCUGCUAAGGUCGCCCCAUCUGCUCACACCUACAAGUUGCUUUUGGAUGCUUACGGAUCAAUUGCACCAGUGGACAAAGAUAGCUUGAAUAAGGUAUUUGAAACCAUCGUAAAUGAUCCACGCGCCGCUGUUAGUGGUACUCACUGGGCAUCUCUCAUUCACUCAGCUGGAUAUGUCGAGAAAGAUGUCGAAGCUGCUGUCAAAAUAUUCGAAAGCAUAGAAACACACCCAUCGAAUAGAAAUAAAGUACUUCCAGAUGCUAUAGUAUACGAAGCGCUCCUCAACGUAUUCGUCGAAAACCAACGUCAAGAUCUUAUACCAAAGCUUUUAGAUUCUAUCAAAGCAUCAAAAGUACACCAAACAGCUUACAUUUCGAAUCUGCUCAUUAGGGGAUAUGCACAAAGUGGAGAUAUAGCCAGAUCUCGCGAAGUUUUCGAAUCGAUGGUUGACCCACCGAUGGGAGCUGCCGCUAGUGGGAAUCACGCAGGUGAUUCGCAAGCAAUCAAUGUCGUGUAUCGCGAGCCAUCAACCUGGUCGGAGAUGAUCAAGGCUGAGUUAGAAGCAAAGUCAACAGAGAAUGCCCAAAAACUUAUUGCCCGCAUGGAGGAAAGGAUGUAUCCACUAGCAGUCACAAGCAAGAUUGCUAGCCUGAUUGUAUAAUUUUUUCACUAAUUUAUUAUCAUUUUUAU